AUGGCGGCCAAUCCUAACGGCUACCCGCCCAAGACGCCGGCAUUCCUCGAUCUGCAGCGGAGAGCGGGCUUCAGGCACGAGAUUUAUAGGACAGAGGGAAAGUCUAAUAUCGAUCCGAACAACCUCGUUCACGCCACGGCUAUUGCAGCUCGGACACAGCCCGUCGCGGGCGUAGGCGCCUUCCAGCAGGGGCCGGCACCGCGAUCUGCUGCUGCCAAGGCACUGCUCAUCGCUUCAAUCGCGAACCGAGGCACGGUCGGCGCACGUACGGGGAUAUAUGACGAGCGCUAUCGCGGCCCAACUAUAGCGCCCUUUGACCGAGGCUGGGCUGGAGGUCAGCUGAAUGUAGCUGCUGCUCGAGCCCAAAUGGCGUCCAAUAACCUAUCUUUCGUGAGGCAGCUCGGGUGGGUCGGAGACUUCGGUCGCUCUGUCGACCCAGGACAGUUGGGUCUCCCGAUUUUCAUGCCGCCAAAUAACUUCACCAGACUGAGCCGCCUUUGGUCGGAAAGACUUGGUGGAAAGGACGGCUGGUGGUUGCCUGAGCACUUCAGUGCUGAGUGGGAUAAUGUCAACUACGAGCCUUUCUCCGAGGGCCUCACGAACUUUGCCACGGGCGCAGGCGCAGCAGGGGCAUUCAACGAGAAGAGCAACGUUUUCCACAUCGGAAUGUUGAUCUGGUGCUGCAUGCUGCUGCACGUGCCGGAAACCCCCCCGAGAUCAACGCCGAUACCGAAGUCAGGGGCCAACAUGGGCAACCAAGGGUGGACCUACGUCGGCGAAAUGAGACAGCGGAUGUACCAUGAAAAGUUCGGGAGAGUCCUCUGCGAUCUAGUCAGCGACUGCUGCAAGCACAUGCCCGCGGACCGGCCUGGUCUGGGCGCGCUGGCGGCGCGGGUGGCAGCCGGGGUGGCUCGCAACCCGAUCACAAACGACGACGCCAACUUUGUUCAGAGAACGUUACAGAAUCCCCCGCCUCCGAAUCCAGAGCCCGGCACUGUGGCUCCUGGGGCGCGCUUCGUACUGCCGUGGUGA